AUGGAACAUUCAUCACCAUUGGCUGCCAUGCAGCCUCCAUCUGUACUGCUUGGACAUUGCUUUCGCUCGGAUGCACCGUCGUCCUACCAUGGAUUUAGUCCUUUGCCAGGGCUCGGUGGGAGUGGAUUCAACUUCAAAGACUUGUCUAUGAAGAGAUCUCAAGGUGACUAUUUCGGUACGAAAUCGUUUCGGGGCUCAUCCCCAACAGCGAGCCUCGCUGCGGAUCUGUCCCAAAACUUUCACAUCGACCAGAGCCCUCAGGUUGCUACGCCACGACGGUCUUUGUUCUCUGCGUGUUUGUUCGGGAAUGGAAAUAGACACGAAGAUGCGAUGACUACUCCUCCGCUCCCAUCUUCACCUGCUCCCGCGAUGGAUAUCAUGGACAUGUCUCCGUUGCCUCACAAGCCACCAUUCACCAGCACACCUGGAAUCGAGCUGGACUCUCCUAUGCUCGAGAGCUCCCCAAUGGACACGAGUAUGAUGUCGAAUGCCGAUAGCCUCGUCCCCGAGUCACCUACGGUACCACUGAAGGAUGGACAACAAGAGAGAAGACGCCCGACGUUUUUACGGCCCAGCCUGGCCAGGAGCAAAGCGCAGUCCUUUCAGCUGGGAAUGACGAAGCCCGCCCCUGAGAGCCAAGGACCCCCAUUCAAAUUCCAGACCAGCGCUUCGUCGGGUGUAGCAGCGUCUCUGGAAGACAUGUUCAAUGAGUCACCCCAGCGUGAACGACCCUUGAUCCGGAAUAAUUCUUCCUGUGGUCUCUCCAGUUCGAGAUUAAGGCCGUCCUUAGGGAGCUGUGGAAGCCACGUCCGUGGAAAUGGAUCACCAUCGGCCGCUUCAAUCCGCAAGAGUUCUCACCCCCACAUGCGCCCCCGAAAGCAAUGUAGACGAUCAUUGAGCAUGUUUGAACAUCCCGAGGAUGUUAUUGCCGACAGCGAGGCCUCUUAUACAUCAAAUGCACCACUCCAGUCCAUCAGCGACUUCGAAGAAACACAGGCUCUGCAGCUUCCUCACUUCAUUCCUGAAGAGAAGGCAGACAACUUACCUCGCAUUAACAAGGCUACCCUCGUGGAUAUCAAGGAUGGGAGAUACAAUGAAAAGUUCGACAGCAUCAUGAUCAUCGACUGCCGGUUCGAAUAUGAGUACGAUGGCGGGCACAUCGUUGGAGCUAUUAAUUACAAUGACAAAGAGAACCUGGCCGCACAACUAUUCGCGAGCCCCCAACCUCGGACUGCGAUAGUCUUCCACUGCGAGUAUUCCGUUCACAGAGCCCCCCUUAUGGCCAAGUUUAUUCGACACCGGGAUCGUGCUUAUAACGUGGACCAGUAUCCGCAACUGUCUUACCCUGAUAUGUAUAUCCUUGAAGGAGGCUACAGUAGUUUCUUUGCUGAGCAUCGAUCUCUGUGUUUCCCUCAAAACUAUGUCGAAAUGUCCGCCAAAGAGCACGAGUUUGCUUGUGAACGCGGCCUUGGGAAAGUUAAGCAACGAUCCAAGUUGAGCCGGGCCCAAACCUUCGCCUUUGGCCAGCAGUCCCCUGAAAUGGAGGAUAGCCCCACGGGAAGGUGCCGAAACAACCCUGGUGAUCGCAAGCUUCUCGCUUCUCCAUUCAACGACAGUCCUGCCUCUCGCCUCUCCGGUCGCCGUAUGCUCUCAUACUAA